AUGGAAUCCCUAGCCACAGACUCUGGCAAAAUCGUCAAAAUGGAAGUGGACUAUAGUUCCACUUGCGACGACAAAAUCCCCGAGUGCCAGAAACUGGCCAAAUCUGGCAAACUGCAUGAUGCUCUCGAACAACUUUUGGCUCUCGAGAAACAGACUCGUACCGGUGCCGAUAUGAUUUCUACUGGCAGAGUUUUAGUGGCAAUUUGUCAAAUUUGUAAAGAAGCCAAAAACUGGACUGCCCUGAAUGAGCAUAUCAUAAUGCUGACCAAAAGGAGGUCGCAACUGAAACAAGCUGUCACCAAAAUGGUACAGGAGUGUUGCACUUAUGUGGACGGUACUCCUGAUAAAGAAACCAUGAUUAAAUUGAUUGAUACACUAAGGCAAGUUACUGAAGGCAAAAUCUAUGUCGAAGUAGAACGCGCUCGUCUCACACACAAACUGGCCAAAAUCCGCGAAGAAGAGGGCAACGUCCAAGAGGCCGCCAACAUAAUCCAAGAGCUCCAAGUCGAAACUUACGGCUCAAUGGAAAAAAAGGAAAAAGUAGAACUGAUUCUGGAGCAAAUGCGCUUGUGUUUAGCCAAGCAAGACUACAUAAGAACUCAGAUAAUUUCCAAGAAAAUUAACACCAAGUUUUUUGAAGAUGAUGGAACUCAAGAUUUGAAACUUAAGUAUUACAGAUUGAUGAUGGAGGUUGAUGAGCAUGAAGGUUCUUAUUUGGCUACUUGUAAGCAUUACAGGGCUGUAUUGAAUACGCCUAGUAUUCAAGCUAAUCCUGUUGAAAGACAGAAUACUGCUAAGGCUGUUGUUUUGUAUUUGGUAUUGGCAGCUUAUGAUAAUGAACAAUCUGACUUGACACACAGAGUGUUAACAGACAAAGUCCUGGAAGAAAUCCCUCUGUAUAAAUCUUUGCUGAAACUCUUCACCACUCCGGAAUUGAUCAAAUGGUCCGGCAUGUGCGAGUUGUACGAAAAAGAAUUGAAAUCCACUCCAGUAUUUAGCGGUGAUGAAGAAGCUGCUAAAAGAUGGACAAAUUUAAAGUCUCGUGUUGUGGAACACAACAUCCGAGUCAUGGCUAAAUAUUACACCCGCAUCAAGAUUGACAGAGUGGCUCAGCUUUUGGAUUUAUCCCGAGCUGAAACUGAAGAGUUUCUUUCAACAAUGGUUGUUAGUAAAACUGUUAUUGCUAAAACUGACAGGCCUGCAGGGGUUGUGCACUUUCAGCAAACCAAAGACCCCAGCGAUGUGCUCAAUGAUUGGGCCCAGGAUUUGGCUUCUCUGAUGCAGCUGGUCAAUAAAACCACUCAUUUAAUUAAUAAGGAGGAAUGUGUGCACAAGCAUUUGCAAGUGGCCAAUGCCUGA